GAAGAUUUUUGGAAAUCCCAAGGAAAGCCGGACAGCAGCUUUGAUGAGCAUCACGAUUCCUGCAAAUAAUCCUCAAACUCUUUCAAAGGUUCAUCAAAAAGGGUUACCAGGAGGUCAAGUUCAACUAAACUGUAACUUUCCACUGGGCCAAGUGAAAGUGAAGAACCUGCAGCAGGAAUAAGCGAGUUGUCUGGGGAUUGCAGGGAAGAGGUGUGAAGUGUCAAACCAUCCAAGUGUUUUUAAUGUGAACAUACAGCACCAUGCAGACCCAGCUGCCAUCCUGGCACCAGAGGAUUAAACUCCUGCUUCUUCUCCUCUUUGUUGUCCUCAACCACCAGGCAACCGGAUCAUUGCUUGAGAGUCUCAUCUCUAAGCGGAGUGAGUACUGGGAGAACUGCAAUCGCACCCUGACGGCAACUGCUAUUCCAAAAAAUGGAAACUACUGUAAAGGAACUUUUGACAUGUUUGUCUGCUGGCCCCAUUCAUCUCCUGGGAAUGUGUCAGUCCCCUGUCCUUCCUUCUUACCGUGGAUCACUGAGGGCAGCACCAGGAGGGCACAUCGUGAAUGCUUAGAGGAUGGGAGCUGGCGGCAGAUGGAGAACACCUCUGAUCCCUGGAGAGAUGGCUCGGAAUGUGUUGAGGACCAUUUCUUUAAAGACAAGGAGGAGGAAAUGCUUCGCCAGACUGCCCUUCGACUCAUCUCUGUCAUUGGCUAUUCCCUGUCCCUGUUCUCCCUCACUCUGGCCACUCUCCUCAUGGGCAUGCUGAGGAAGCUCCAUUGUACCCGAAACUAUAUCCACAUGAAUCUGUUUAUGUCAUUUAUCCUGAGAGCUGCAGCUGUCAUUUCAAAAGAAAUCAUACUGCAUGUUAUGUAUUCCAACCUGCCCAAGGAUGACCCUGGUUGGAACUCCUAUUCGAGCUCUGCGAUAGUGCUCAUGUGCAGGUUCUCCAAAGUCUGCAUGGAGUACUUUGUGGCCUGCAACUACUUCUGGCUCCUGGUGGAGGCCAUUUUCCUUCAUACGYUGCUCUUCACUGCAGUGCUUACCAAAAGGCGCUUGCUGAAGAAAUACAUGCUGCUAGGAUGGGGAACACCUGUCUUGUUCGUGACACCAUGGACGGUGGUUAAGAUUUUGUAUGAAAACAAGGGGUGCUGGUCAAUCAUGAACAGAUGGUUCUGGUGGAUAAUAAGAGGCCCAAUUACUUUAUCAGUACUGAUCAUUUUCUUCAUUUUCAUCAAGAUACUGAUGUUGUUGUUAUCCAAGCUGAAGGCAGAUCAGGUGAAAUUCACAGAUUACAGAUACAGUUUAGCCAGGGCCACGCUGGUUCUGAUUCCCYUGCUGGGGAUUCAUGAAGUGGUGUUCACCGUGCUGAUAGAUGAAUGUGUGGAGGGCAGUAGUCGCUACGCUCGGAACUUUAUCAACCUCACCCUCAGCUCUUUCCAGGGAUUCUUGGUGGCUGUAUUGUAUUGUUUUGCCAAUGGAGAGGUCCAAGCUGAACUGAAAAAGCGCUGGCAGCUUUUUUUGUUCACCAAUCACUUCAAGGUCCGAAGCUGUUUCAGCGGGGUUGACUUCAAGCACCUGUGGAAAUGUUCACAAGGGCAAGACCCACGGCGCUCCAAGCGCUGUGUCUCCAACAACAGGGGCAACACUUUGACACCUCACCCCCAACUUCUUCAAGUGACUGUGCAUGGAGGAGGUGGGGUGCUUGGACAAGGAGAAAUUAAAGGUCAGGGGAUAAAGGGCUAUGAUGCGCCAGGUCUGGAUUUUCUCACCCGAAAAAGUCUUUCCAGCAGUGAUGGUGAGAUGACCCUUGGAGAGACCAUGGAGGAGAUUCUGGAAGAGAGCCAAUUCUGAUUCCAGCUGCUUUUCAUUAAACAUGGAGGAACACACAAAGAAUGUAUAAAUCCAACUCAACUUUCCAGCUCAAAGUGUAAACUGCACCAAGCUUUAGUUGGCCGUGAUCUCCAGGGGUCUCAAAGGCUAUGGUUACUUUUGUGUCCAUGGGUAAUAUCUACUUUAAAUCAACCCAAAACAUUUAUAAAAGCAUAUGAGGAAAAAGAUGUUUUCUUUAAUAAGCAGUAGGACUAAAGCAGAAGUCUAGUAUUACUGCAAUUUUGACAUCAGCUGCGAUUUCAAGCACAUCCAGUGAAUAUAACCACUUCACUCUUAUGAAGGGAGGGAUUUUGGAGAUGAAGCUGAAGCGCAGCAGUGACUACAACUCAUAGUUUUCUGCUGACUUCAUCCUUUCAGUCUAAAGGAGGAGAGUCAUGUUUGGUGAGCUGCCAGCAGACAAGAGGGAUGAUUGCAUCCAAAAGGCAAUUUGUCAUUGAAUGAGACACAGAGAGGCAAGGUACCCAGGCAACAGGAGGAUAUWUGCCACAAUGGAGCUCCAAGGAGAAAAACAGGAGGACGGUUGACUAAAAAUCAGAAAUUAUGCCAUAAACUUUUUUACUACUUACUUUUUUUUUAAAUAAAAAAAAUCAAGUUUUAUUUUCUCUCACCAGGGCCAUGGACGACCCUAAAAAACAAUCUAAGGUAGUACUGACACAUGUGGCGGACCUCCAUUGGGUCGUUUUUGUGGUUGUUGGCAGAACAUGAAAAGACUGUUUCACUGAUUGCAGGAACACCAAAAUAAACUGACCUUGAUUUUUUUCCCCUGUACAUCAGAGUAAUGAUUAACAUGGACAUUCAACUCCAAUUCCAGUGAAGUUGGGAUGUUGUGUAAAACAUAAAUAAAAACAGAAUAUGAUGA